GUGCCGAUUAGUGUUCACUUCGAUCAUGGGAAUUCAAAAGUUGAGGUACUUGAAGCUCUCGAUUUGGGAUUCAAUUCAGUGAUGGUUGAUGGUUCACAUCUCCCAUUUGAAGAGAAUAUCUCGUACACAAAAUUCAUAUCGACAUUGGCACCUGAUAAAGGCAUUCUUGUUGAAGCUGAACUUGGUCGGUUGUCAGGCACGGAAGAUGACAUGACAGUUGAAGACUAUGAAGCUAGACUUACAGAAGCUAAGCAGGCAGAAGAAUUUAUUGAUAAGACAGGAAUCGAUGCUUUAGCAGUCUGCAUUGGUAAUGUGCAUUGGAAAUACCCUUCUAGUGGUCCAAAUCUUCGGCUUCAGUUACUAAAGGAACUUCGAGCUUUGACUGUGAACAAAGGAGUACAUCUAGUUCUUCAUGGCGCAUCUGGACUUCCUAGUGAUCUUGUUAAGGAGUGCAUAGCUCUUGGCGUGAGGAAGUUCAAUGUUAAUACAGAAGUUCGGAAUGCUUACUUGGAGUCUUUGGAGAAGCCUCAUAAAGAUUUGGUUCAUCUAAUGGCAUCAACCAAGGAAGCAAUGAAAGCUGUGGUUGCUGAGAAAAUGCACCUCUUUGGUUCCGCUGGAAAAGCAUAGGAGUAGCAACAAAUAUCAUUCUCCUCCAUUUAUGAAUUUUGAUUUGUAGCCCAUUACUUGAGGAUUCUUACAUGGAUGGAGCCGCUCGAAGUCAUGUUCUUCAGCAUGGCACAAUAUUUCGACAUAUUUGGGAUAGCUUUCCAUGUGACUGUGUUAGACAGGUGUUUUCGUUCAUUUGCUUAUGAUCUAUACAUUUAUAAUUCAACAUAAUUCUCCAAAAUUGGAGUGCACAUUCUGCUUGGCUGUGAUAAAUGCCCAAUUGUUUUGGUGCAGAGUAUGAACAAAUAAGAACAAUAAGGUCGUACACGUGCAUAAUGUAGUGACAUAUUUUGGAGGCUCUCCAUUUGUGUUUGAAAAA